AUGGAUCGUCCAGAGCCAGAAAGGACAGAAAAUUGUUCGAUGUGUUUCGCUAAAAUCUUAGACGGCGAUUUAAUAUCGCAUAUCGUACGCUACCACAAAUUCGAACGACAGUUUCAAGUUCAAUGUAAACACGACGGAUGUGGUACAACUUUCAAUAAAUGGAAGACAUUUCGCCAACACCUUUGGCGAAAUCACCGAAAUAAUGCACUCGAGACGGUGGAAGAAAUAGAGCCUGUUAUUCAUCAUCCUGAUGUACAUGACGAGCAUGAUGUAAACGAUCGCAACGAAGUACACGAAGAGCCACACAUUACUCCAAUAGAACAACUUCAAUGGCAUGCAGCACAAUUUCUUCUGCAUAUUCGAGAAAGCUGCAAGAUUUCUCAAACUGCUGUUGAUUGUAUAAUUGACGGUGUUCAGAAUUUACUGUCUGUGCAUUCGUCCAUUAUACUGAAUGAUCUUCAGCAGCAAGUAGAUCAUGCGACAAAUUGUCUUGAUUUUGACACUGUGAAGGAGAUGUAUGAACAGAGGUACCCUUCCUCAAUGCUGUUCUCCAAAGUGCGUUCGAAGUACUGUCUUGACAAAAUGCUUGUUGAGGAACUUCAUAUGGUGAUGCCACAAAAACUCGUUCUUUAUAAGGAACUUGCAUGGGUUAAAAAGAAACAAACUCCAUGUAUACGGGACUUAGUCGAGGUUCAACGUUGUGCAUACAUUGUACCGUUUCUGGCCAAUCUAAACAUGCUCCUAUGUAACGAUGAAGUACGGCUUAAUGUGGAAAAUGCGAGGGCACAAGAAGGUGAUGUGCUAAAGUGUCAGUGCAAAAAGUCCAUGUUUUACUGGACUCUUGCGAAUAUCCCUCCUGAAGUACGAUCGACACAGAAUACAGUCCAAUUAUUAGCAAUCGUCAAAACCGAAUAUUUGAAAAAAGGUGGGCUUCAAAAGGUACUAGAACCAUUCAUCACUGAUAUUAUAACUCUGCAAACCCAAGGAAUCACUGUAAAUGUCACGGAACAGGAGAAAAAGGUUUUUAAAGGAUCACUUCUAUUUUGCGCGGGGGAUACUCCGGCAUCUGCGCUGAUGGGCGGCUUUAAAGAGUCCGUAUCAGCUUAUCGUCCAUGUCGCCAAUGUAUGACGACGAAACACAACUGGAAGACGAAUUUCUCAGAAGACAAUUUCAUGUUGCGAGACUAUGCAACUCAUGAAGAUCAUAUAGCAGCAAUUAGUGAACUCCAUGUUCCGAAGAACACUAUCGAUUUUUGGAAAAAACGAUACGGUAUCAACAACAGAAGCCCAUUAUUGGAUAUACCAAAUUUCGACGUGACUACCUGUUUACCUCAAGACACGAUGCAUGUCUUGAUCGAAGGCAUCGCUGUAAUUGCUUGUCGAAAAUUGUUGACAUUUUGCAUAGAAGAGAAACAUCUUUUCACGUUAGACGAAUUCAACGAUCGCCGCAGUCACUUCAACUACGGACCUUUGCAAUCGGACGCACCUGGAGUUAUAUUACAAGAUCAUCUCCAUGCAAACGAUCAUUUAUGUCAAACAGCAUCACAGAUGAUUGCCUUGGUUCAUAGCUUACCAUUUUUAAUUGGUGAAUGGACAAUAGAUAAGGAAGAAGAAGAUAUUUCUGAGCGAAUGGAGUGCCACUCCCUUCUUUUACAAAUACUGAAUAUUUGCUUGGCAUACGAAGUUCGUAUAGAAUCUGUUGACCUGUUGGCUCGUAUGAUAGAGUUGUACAUUCAACGGUUUCAGCGCCUCUAUCCUGCAGAUUGUAUAGUGCCAAAAUUUCAUUUCCUCACUCAUAUACCGCGAUGCAUCCGAAAAUUUGGACCAGCACGACAGCAAUGGUGUUUUCGCUUUGAAGCUGCCCAUGCUUACUUCAAAUCGUUGGUACCAGUCGUAAACAAUUUUAAGAAUAUGGCCUAUACCUUGGCCUAUCGACACCAGGCACGAUUAUGUUCAAGACUCGCAACAUAUCCUGGCGCGCCCGCAAAAAAGUUCUUGUAUCAAGGCGAUAAAAUAUCUCCCGGAGUUACGUUGCUAUUAAAUAAUCUGCCAAAUGCAAGAAUAUUUCACAGAUUCGUAGCUGAAGCUGACAGAGACACAUGUCUAAUAUUGCGGACACCUAAGGUAGUUAUCUACGGUACCACGUAUAAACCAAAGUCCGUUAUUCUCAUGGAAUGUAAUGAUCUCACUGCCUCUGUUUAG